ACUAGUUAACAGGCAUUGCCUGAAAAGAGUAUAAAAGAAUUUCAGCAUGAUUUUCCAUAUUCUGCUCCCACCACUGCCAAUAACAAAAUAGCCACCAUGAAGUUGGUGAGAUCCAUUUUUUUAAUUUUUCUACUACAUUUUACUGAAUCCAGAACACCACGUAGAAAUGAAUAUGGAAUAGCUUCCAUAUUGGAUUCUUACCAAUGUACUGCAGAGAAAAAUUUAACUGAUCUGGCUACCAUAUUUUUUGCCCAGUUUGUUCAAGAAGCCACUUACAUGGAAGUAAGCAAAAUGGUGAAAGAUGUAUUGACUGCAAUGGAGAAACCCACUGGAGAGAAACAGUCUGCAGGGUGUUUUGAAAACCAGCUACCUGCCUUUCUGGAAGAAAUGUGCCAUGAGAAGGAAAUUUUGGAAAAGUAUGGACUUUCAGACUGCUGCAGCCAAAGUGAAGAGGGAAGACAUAACUGUUUUCUUGCACACAAAAAGCCUACUCCAACAUCCAUGCAAUUAUUCCAAUUUCCAGAACCUGUCAUGAGUUGUGAAGCAUAUGAAGAAGACAGGGAGACAUUCAUGAACAAAAACAUUUAUGAGAUAGCAAGAAGGCAUCCCUUCCUGUAUGCACCUACAAUUCUUCUUUUGGCUGCUCGCUAUGACAAAAUAAUUCCAUCUUGCUGCAAAGUUGAAAAUGCAGUUGAAUGCUUCCAGACAAAGGGAGCAUCAAUUACAGAAGAAUUAAGAGAAAACAGCUUGUUAAAUCAACAUGCAUGUGCAGUAAUGAAAAAUUUUGGACUCCAAACCUUCCAAGCCAUAACUGUUACUAAACUGAGUCAGAAGUUUACCAAAGUUAAUUUUACUGAAAUCCACAAGCUAGUCCUGGAUGUGGCCCACGUACAUGAGCACUGUUGCAGAGGAGAUGUGGUGGAUUGUCUGCAGGAUGGGGAAAAAGUUAUAUCCUAUAUAUGUUCUCAACAAGACACUCUAUCAAACAAAAUAACAGAAUGCUGCAAACUGACCCCACUGGAACGUGGUCAUUGUGUAAUUAAUGCAGAAAAUGAUGAAAAACCUGAAGGUCUAUCUCCAAAUCUAAACAGGUUUUUAGGAGAUAAAGAUUUUAACCAAUUUUCUUCAGGGGAAAAAAAUAUCUUCUUGGCAAGUUAUGUUCAUGAAUAUUCAAGAAGACAUCCUCAGCUUGCUGUCUCAAUAAUUCUAAGAGUUGCUGAAGGAUACCAGGAGUUAUUGGAGAAGUGUUUCCAGACUGAAAACCCUCUUGAAUGCCAAGAUAAAGGGGAAGAAGAAUUACAGAAAUACAUCCAGGAGAGCCAAGCAUUGGCAAAGCAAAGCUGUGGCCUCUUCCAGAAACUAGGAGAAUAUUACUUACAAAAUGUGUUUCUCAUUGCUUACACAAAGAAAGCCCCUCAGCUGACCUCAUCGGAGCUGGUGGCCAUCACCAGAAAAAUGGCAGCCACAGCAGCCACUUGCUGCCGACUCAGUGAGGACGAACUAUUGGCCUGUGGUGAGGGAGCGGCUGACAUUAUUAUUGGACACUUAUGUAUCCGACAUGAAACAGCUCCAGUAAACCCUGGUGUUGGCCAGUGCUGCACUUCAUCGUAUGCCAACAGGAGGCCAUGCUUCAGCAACUUGGUGGUGGAUGAGACAUAUGUCCCUCCUGCAUUCUCUGAUGACAAGUUCAUCUUCCAUAAGGAUCUGUGCCAAACUGAGGGUUUAGCACUGCAUACGAUGAUUCAAGAGUUUCUCAUUAACCUUGUGAAGCAAAAGCCACAAAUAACAGAGGAACAACUUGGGGCUGUCACUGCAGAUUUUGCAGGCAUGUUGGAGAAAUGCUGCCAAGGCCAGGAACAGGAAGUCUGCCUUGCUGAAGAGGGACAACAACUAAUUUCAAAAACUCGUGCUGCUUUGGGAGUUUAAAUUACAGGGGGAAGAGAAGACGAAAUGAGUCAUUUAGUGUGAACUUUUUAAUUUUAACUGAUUUAACAUUUUUUGUGAAUUAAUGAAAUCAUGAAGACUUUUAUGUGAGAUUUCCUUAUCAUAGAAAUAAAAUAUCUCCAAAUAC